UCAGCUACAGCGCUGGGAUCAGCGCGUGCGAGAAGGGCAAGCAGUGGGAGCGGGCGCUGGCGCUGCUGAGCGAGAUGCGGGAGGCGAAGCUGGAGCCCAACGUCAUCAGCUACAGCGCUGGGAUCAGCACGUGCGAGAAGGGCGAGCAGUGGCAGCGGGCGCUGGCGUUGUUGAGCGAGAUGCGGGAGGCGAAGCUAGAGGGCAACGUCAUCAGUUACAGCGCUGGGAUCAGCGCGUGCGAGAAGGCCCGGCAGUGGCAGCUGGCGCUGGCGUUGUUGAGAGAGAUGCGGGAGGCGAAGCUGGAGCCCAACGUCAUCAGCUACAGCGCUGGGAUCAGCGCGUGCGAGAAGGCGCUGGGAUCAGCGCGUGCGAGACAGAUGGGCAGUAGCAGCGGGUCGUGUUGCUACUCAGCGAGGUAUGGGAGGCGAAGUCAGGACAUCGUCGUCAUCAGUAGUGUAGCGCUGGAUCAGCGCGUGCGAGAAGUGGGAGGCGAAAUUGGAGCCCAGCGCCAUAGCCAGCGCCAUGCCGUCAUCAGCGCGCGUGGGAAGACCGGGCAGAAGCCAGAGCUUUCGUCGAUGCUCAAGAAAAUCGGGGAAAGUAAGUUCAACACGGCCACCAUAGACCGCAAUGGCGGCAUCAGAGCGUGCGAGAAGCAUAGGCAGCGGUUGGAAACUCUGUCGCUGGCUCCGGAAAUGUUGUGGGAAGUGAUGACGAAUAUGGAGAUCAUCCGUCACGUUGGUGGUCGCAGCGCGUGUGAGAAGGGCGGGGAUCAGCUGCUGCCCGUGUCAGCGCGUGCGAGAAGGGUGGACAGUGGCCAGAGGCGUUGUCGCUGCUCAGGGAGAUGGGGGAAGUGAGCUGGGAGCCAUGCGCACUGCCCUGCAUCGCUUGCGCUGUGAGACGGGCUGUGGUGUAAGCUUUCGCGUCUAAGGGGUUCAGGUUCUUGUUUCGUUCGGUCGACGCGCUGUGGUCGCCGGCUGUCGGGCUUCGGUCGAUUCGUGCCUCGCUCGGUCGACGAUUUGCGAUCGGCGCUAGCCCAUAG